CUGUUGUUAUCUGUUUUCGUAUCAUUUUUCAGUUUUAUUUGAUUCUGAUGUUAGCAUGUUCAAAAUAUCAUGAGUAGAGUUCGAAUUAGUAUAUGUCAUUAUUCAAUCCUCUAAACCCAACAUGCCAGGGUUUGAAAUUGAAGACCGGCAGAUGUUGAAGGUGUUUGGGAGGUAUUCCCUGCCUCGGGAGUACGUGGAGACGGCUGUUAGCAUCAUCCUGCGGGUCCCGGCUCUGUUCAUACUUGAAGCCUGGUACAAGUCUGAUUCGUCAGUGGCUCUUCAGAACACGACACAUGAUGUCAAAUAUAUUGCUCUGCUUGCUUAUUAUAGCAUUGUCAUAUUGGCUGUUGUGCUAGCUACGUUUCCUCUGGAGAAGCUGGUGUAUCUCUACAUGUACACAAUAAGCCUGGGUCUUAUCUUUGGGGAAUAUUAUCUGUCCAACCAGUACACCACAGUUGAAGAGCAGUCAGGGAAAGAUGUUGAUGAUUCUCUACUAGCCGCUCUACAUGACUACGAUAUCAGCAAGCGGAUGAUUUUACACCUUUGUGGUCAGUGUAUUUGUGGCACGGUUGCCGCAUUUUUGCUGGACAUUUCUGACUGGAGGAAGUACUUACUGCUGGUCUUUACUACGCCGCUGAUUGCACGUCUGUGUGGACUUCCUGUUCGAGACUUGUCAGCAGUCCACAACUUUGCAACCAUUUUUGCAAUACUAAUAGUACUGUUCUUUUCAUGUAACAAGCUGUCACAUGGUCUUCGUCUCCUGAAAGAUGGGCUGUUGCAAGUGAAGGAAGCUGUAAAUGAGUUUGGCUAUAUUGCCGUAGUGAUUUCAUACUGGUAUGCAGUAAUGUUACCGAUCCAGCUGUUGAUAUUUUGGACAUCGUUAUUCCUAUCACAUUUAUACGUCUUUUGCCACACCAAGAACAUUCCAGUAGAUGGUAGACUUCUGGUUCUGUUAGCUGCUAUUGGAGAAAGCUGUGCGACACCUAUCAGCCUAUUUGCCCUCUGCAUAGCCAUCUCCUACUUUUCCUACUACAUCCUGACUUUGACAAAAGUGUUUCUCCUGGGCCGGGAGGGUCUGAUGCAGGACAAUGAUUUGAUGAGAGGCUGGACUGAAGGCUUCACCAUGAUGUUGAUAGCUCUACAGACAGGGUUACUGGACUUAAAACCUCUAGAAAGAGCAUUCCUUAUGAGCGUCCUCCUGUUUAUUGUUGUUUCUUCAUUGGUGCAAUCAAUGUACGAAAUUACUGACCCUAUCCUGUUGGUACUAAGUGCGUCACAUAGUAGAAGUUUGAGCAAACAUUUGCGAGUGUUGGCAGUGUGCACAGUACUCUGGGUGUCGCCACUCUACAUGACAUACGAGAUAUGCCAGUACUUCGAUCUGGACUUCUGGCUGAUGAUUAUCAUCUCCAGCUGUAUCCUCACUUCAGUCCAAGUUAUUGGUUCCUUGCUCGUAUACUGGCUGUUCUUGUAUGACACGCUGAGAACGGAGACAUGGGAGAGGCUAGAUGAUGUUGUCUACUACAUUCGCUCUACUGUACGAAUUCUGGAGUUCAUAGUCGCAGUGUUCGUAGUUUGUUUCGGGAUCAAGGAGUCUUACCUGUCUGAAUGGAGCUGGCUGAACUCAGGCAUUUUGAUGAUCCACUGCUACUUCAACGUCUGGCAACGACUGCAGACCGGGUGGAAGACAUUCCUGCUGCGGAGAGAGGCUGUGAACAAAAUCGAGUCACUCCCAGAAGCGACCAGCGAACAACUCUUAUCACAUAAUGAUGUUUGUGCAAUAUGUUAUCACGACCUGAAUAGUGCUAGGAUCACCAAGUGCGGACACUACUUUCACGGAUGCUGUCUGAGAAAAUGGCUCUAUGUCAAGGACGUUUGUCCUUUGUGUCACAAGCACAUUACCGACAGCGUCCCCGUGAAAACGGACAAGUUCGCAAGGGACCUUCAGAAUGUGAAUAAUAUCAAUGACUUACUAGAUUUUCAGGAUUAUGCUGAAGAAGAACUUGAGUCAGAAAAUGACUCAGAAGAUUCUGAAGAUGAGGAAGAAGCAGUGAUGGUUGCAGCAGCCGUGCAAUAAAACAUGAGAAAAAAAUAAUGCAUGGCGGUAUAAUUGUUGGGCUUUCGAUUUCAGCUAUUGUGUGAAAAACAUGUGUUCAAAGCUAUACAUUAUAUGGCUGCAGUGAUUAGGAAUUGUGAUAAUACCUCUUCGUGGAGAUUAAGCUUUCAAAAGUUACACAAAGAGGCAGAACAUUACAGCUUUAGCAUAGAAAAUGUGAUUCCAUGAGUUUUGCCUAUGAUUUCAAACACAAGAGGAAUGAUGUGCUUAAAAUAUGAAAAAUAUGAUUUUACAGGAUGACUACUUAGUGACAAUCUUUAUUUUGGACAGAAACAUACACUGAGUAUACAUUGUAAGUAGCAGUCGUUAAUCUAUUAUAGUAAAUACACAAAUUGAAAUUUCUGGAUUCAUUAGUGAUGUUUUAUAUAAGCAGCGUUGAGGUGCAAUGUAAGAUUGACAAUUGUUCACAUGUAUUUAUCGUCUGCAAAUUAACUUGAUUGUUUUUUGUAAUAAUUGCACUCCGAUAUCUCAUAUAUAAUUUUUUCAUUGUCAACCAUAUAGAGUAUAACUUACGCAAAUAUUCUAAAACCUUGCUUAAAAUACUAUUUAAUUUGCAGCUAUGUAAACUUUAAAGGCCCUAUAAAGGUGACAAAUCCAAUUAUAAUGCAUAUAAACUGGUCUGAUUUUUACCGGAUUUCAGUUACUCUUGCAUAAAAAAUGCUAAUAACAGCUCAGGUGCAACGUUGUAAAGAAUUAUGGAAGAUAAACCCGUUUCAUAAUGCGAAGAAAUGUUUACAACUUUGCAACUAACUUGAUGUGUAGCCUCAAAGCGGUGACGUAUGCUAAAAAUAGCCGAAAAUAAAUUCAAUUUUUAAUUCUAUUUUAAACAACUGUUUACCAGCAGAAAGUAUCUAAUUAGAUCACUACAAACAUUUUAACCAUUUAGAAGAGACCUACUCUGUGAGUGAUACCGGAAAACGUUGAAAAUCAACGAUGUAUUUAUGGUGACCUGCGUCACUUUUACUUUCACUUUCCCGAGUAAACAGCCAUGUAAAUAAACUGAUUGUUUGUAAACACAACUGACUUGGAGGACACGGUAUUUUGAGCUAAAACAACUUGUAUUGCUUAUUUUUAGCUCACCUGAUUGCUCAGGUGAGCUUUUGUGACCGGUCUUUGUCCGUCGUAUGUCCGUCCGUCAACAUUUGCUCGUAAACACUCUAGAGACCACAUUUCUUGUCUCAUCUUCAUGAAACUUGGUCAGAAGCUUUGUCCCAAUGAAAUCUCGGCCGAGUUUGAAACUGGGUUGUGCCAGGUCAAAAACUAGGUCACUAGGUCAACAAAAAGAAAAACCUUGUAAACACUGUAGAAGUCACAUCUCAUGCCCAAUCUUCAUGUAACUUUGUCAAAAUGUUUGUCUUAAUGAUAUCUUGGUUGAGUUCAAAAGUGGUUCCGAUCCAUUGAAAAACAUGGUCGCCAGUGGGCGGGGCAGUUUUCCUUAUUUGGCUAUAGAGAAACCUUGUAAACACUCUAGAAGUCACAAUAUUUGCCCAAUCACCAUGACAGUUGGUCAAAACAUUUGUUCAAUUGAUGUCUCGGACGAGUUCGAAAAUGGUCGAGAUCGGUGAAAAAACAUGGCCGCCAGUGGGCGGGGCAUUUUCCUCUAUAUGUAUAUAGUGAAAACAUGUUAACACUCUAGAAGUCACAUUUUUGGCCCAAUUUUCAUGAAAUUUUGUCAGAACUUUUGUUUCCUAGAUAUGUGAGUUAAGUUUGAAAAUGGUUCUGGUCUGUUGAAAAACAUGGUUGCCAGGGGGACGUGACAGUUUUCCUUACAUUUUAUAGUAAAAAGGCUUGCAAACAAUCAUGAAUUAAGGUCAUGUAACAUGUGAGACAACUCUUCUAAAUAUUGCAUUUAAGAAUACAGUAGUUACUCCCCUUUGAUUAUUAAUGUUUUCAUAAUAAUACAGUGUAGUUGUGUUUCAUUUAUGUGUUAAUUGUUAUUCGCGGUUGGAUGUUUUAUGCCCCCUUUCGAAGAAAAGGGGGCAUAUAGUGAUCGGACUGUCCGUCCGUCUGUCUGUCUGUCCGUCUUUCCGUCACACUUUGCAUUUAGGUUUCCAAAAAUGCUCAUAACUUUUAUGUCCCUUGAGAUAUAACCUUUAUAUUUGGUAUGCAUGUGUAUAUGGACAAUGCCUUUCCUUACGCACACAUUUUUAUAGCCCUGUGACCUUGACCUUGAACUUAGGGUCCGCGUUUAGGUUUCAAAAUCUGCGUUUAGGUUUCGACAAAUGCUGAUAACUUCUAUGUCCCUUGUGAUAUAACCGUCAUAUUUGAUAUGCAUGUGUUUAUGGACAAAGCCUUUCCAUACGCACAAUUUGUUUUACCCCUGUGACCUGCGCUGUACGUCCGUCCACUUUUGGUUUGUAAACACUCUAGCAUUCAUAUUUCUCAAGCAUUCUUUCUCAAAGUUGCUGAAAGAUCUCAGUCAAGUUUGAUGAUGAGCAAAAUCACAUAAUUAAUGCCAUAAUUAUUGCCCUUAGAUUGUCCAAAUUUUCAUUAUAUUAUACAAAAUCCUUGUAAGCAAAGUUUGAUGUUUGGGGGGUCAACUCAAAAUAUAGGUCACCAUUUCAAAUCUUACAAAAACAAAAACACUCCCUACGCCAUAGCUUUGGUUCAAUAAUGAUGAAACUUGACCAGGAUGUUUGUCUGGUCAAUAUCUAGGUCAUGUUUGACAUUAGGUAAAGAUUGAAAGAACCGACUCCUCUCAGGUGAGCGAACUAGGGCCAUCGUGGCCCUCUUGUUUUAUGGUAAUGUCCAAUAGCAUAUAUAUAUAUACAUGUAUAUUGUUUUGAUAAAUAAAUAAAUAAAAUAUGAAAACAAAUAUUUAAAAAUCGGUAAAUAAUUACGGAUCGUCACCUUUAUAGGGCCUUUAAAGUGAUUUUUCAUUUGGUAUGUUUUAGAGUUUUGUUUUCUUUAUUUGCCACAAAGGAUCUAAGAAGAAUGUGUGGAGCAGUUUUGAAAAUUACUGUAACAAAGAUGAUGUUGAUUUUCAAACUGUUAGAGUUGCAGUACUUGUCAUUUUGUGCCAGCAUGCAUAACAUGUAUCAUUUCCUGAUGAGAUUUUUGCUUGUUCACUUUGGGAAAGUUGGUUAUUUUGAAGACUCACUGUAGAUACUAGCACUUCAUGUCACCCAACUUUUGUUCUUGAUUGCAUUUACACAAAAAUGCCAUUCAAUGCAAACAUUGUUAAUGCUUUACAUGCGUUGUAUGUUUAUUUUGAUUGAUGUUAUGUUCUAGUCUUUGUUCUUCAUUAAGUAAGUAUGUGUUUUCCGAAAAUGUAUAUAUGUUUAAAACAAUGUAAGUUAACUUGUGUGUACCCAUAUAUAUUUUCCAGAUUAUAAUUGAUGGCGGGGCGCUUAUUGAAAUGCUUUUAAAAGAAAUAUUUGGGCAAUUAUUUACUUACCAGUUCUGACACUUAGGCAAAAGAUAAAGAACAUUCUAAUUGUAUAAUACAGUUACAUAUGGCACGAAAUUUAACACCUUAAACUGCAUAUUCUUUUAUUAAGAACAAUUUAUUAAUGGCUGACGAAAUUAUGAAGUGUCAAAAUAUAAAAAAGAUUAAACGUUUGUUCAUUUGAUCUAAGUUUACUCCGUAUUCUUAAGUGUAAGAUUGGGUUGGUAAAUACAGACACAUUGGUAAUAGCUCAUCCGGGAAUUCUAAAGUACACUACUACAAAUAAUGCGGAUGGUAACAAUACUUUCUACUCUGAAAAUGGUGCUGGAGUUCUAAUUAUUCUGCGAGUGUUGGCAGUGUGCACAGUACUGAUAUAUACGAAUUUUUGCCUAAAUACAUUCCAUAAUGAAAACUAUUUCAAAUUUGUAUUCAAAAUCUGGUAGAGCGAGAUUUUUUUACGAGAAUUAAAUCAUUGAAAAGUAAACGAACCAUAAGCCAACUAGCAUCGUUAAAGGGAACUUUAUUUACGUAUUUCAGAUUUUAAAGGAGCGUUUCUGUAAGUCCCCGGAAAAACGAGCCAGUACAUGUCUUGCAGUUUGAUUCUUGAGCAUCCUGACUAUCAACAUAAUGUACACAAAAAUUAACACUUGUACACGACAAUUCUUUAAUGUCGAAAAUUGCAGGCCGUUUACUGUUGAUUGUUUUUUGUAUGCUGUGUACCUUGUUGGUUUUGUUUGUCAAAUUUAACAAAUAGCUUUAAUAAAAAUUUCAUAGAA